AUAAUGGUUAGUGAGAGCAGGAAGCUGAACUGUCACACUCGACUGGUAGAGUCUUCAAGUAGCCACUCGGUGUCACCAGCUAGAUAUCCUUUUUUCCACGAUUUUUGUGAACAACUGUCCAUUCUCUUCCGUUCCUGAUCAGUGACCGUUCAAAAUUUGCCGCAGUGAACUUUGAUGCAGUUAUAAAUCGCGUACCGCAAUGGUUAGAAAUAGGUCGUGCUAAAAUUGUUCCAAGUUGCAGCCUACUAAUUGAUCACAAAAGGAAUUUGAAAACAUGGCCAACCAAGUCAAGUGCAAAGCCAAGGUUCGGCGAAAGUAAACGGAAGUCGAGCCCACACUAUCAGCUGUUUUUUUUACGUUUGCCCUAGAAUUGAUUUUCUUCGGUCGAGGAAAAAAGGCGAUACUAUUUUAAAUAAUGGAAAUUUUUUAGUGGUUCCAAUCCAUGGAUCCAUAAUCAUCGAUUGGUGGUGAUUACUUAACUCCUAAGGUGAACGAAGGAAAAGUAGACCCGAAGAAAUGUUGUGCACCGUGUUAGCAAUCGUGCUGGGAGUGAUGGUGGCUCUGUAUGUCCUGUUCGAGUUGCAUUAUUUCCUGCGGAUGUGCCUUUGUGUGAUAGCGGCCCGCUAUGUUAAGAAGCGGUUGCACAUUCUGGAAACGGCCACUGUCACUGGUCUUUGCCUCACCAACGAUAUCGACACGCUGCUCUACCACAUGAACAAUGCCCGCUACCUCAGAGAGGUGGACUUUGCACGGGUGGACUUUUACGAGCGUACCCUCCUCUACCGAACCAUCCGCAGCAAGGGAGGCUCCGUGGUCCAAGGGGCAACAACCAUCCGCUACAGAAGGUUCAUUCGUCCCUUCACCCGAUUCAGGAUAAGUUCCAGGAUUGUUUACUGGGAUAAUCAAUCAAUUUUUAUGGAGCAUCGAUUCAUCGGACUGGGGGAUGGGUUCAUUCAUUGCAUAGCGCUGUGUCGCCAAAGGGUCAUCGAGUGCUCGGCCGAGGAUGUCAUGGCGACGCUCUUGAAAGGCGUUGCCACUGCGACCAGUUCGACGGAGUGCUUGGAUCGGUUGGAAAACGGCGGAGGCGGGGUCAUCGUAGGCAACGGCGGUACUGAGUACGUUGGCAGUAACAAGCUGAAACCGGAAAUGUCACCGGAGGUGGCCAAGUGGUUGGAGUGGAACGAAAUUUCCAGCGCGAGCUUACGAAACGAAUGCUGAUUUUUCGGACAAGAAAGGAUAUUGUUAGAUGUUGGAAUUUUCCAUAAUGGAAUUGUGGAUAUUUGUAUUUAGCUGUGCUGAUGCUGUUCCCUAGGAAAGCAAUGCCUAGAUGAUUAUGAUGGAUUCUAAAUCUCUGCUAUUUGUUAACUUCUGUUGAAAUAAAUUCUACAAAUUUUAUUAACUUAUCUAUAA